AAAUGGCUGCCUCCUUUCAAGGGAUCGCAAAGGUUCUGGGCUGUCUCUCGCCUUCCCUUUUACAUCCAUUACGACAGUAUCAGUCGUGUCUGCAGAGGCUGCCUGUAAGAUCCUGCCCGGGUCUCUCUCCAUUUGUAUCUCCGAGUUGCUUGUUCUGCAAAGCAGCAUUGCUCCAGGAUGAGGAUGCUGCUGAGGCUCUCCUCCGCUACAAGGACAGACCCUGGGAUUAUCUGGAGAGUGAAGAGUAUAUUGAGAGGUAUGGGACCAAUCCAGUAUGGGCAGGCUACAGGAGGAACCACAAAGGUGGCAUUCCCCCACAGAAGACACGCAAGACUUGCAUUAGAGGAGACAAGAUAUGUGGAAACCCCUGUCCAGUUUGUCGGGAUCCAAACGUUCUAAUCCACCAUCAGAAUGUGAAAUUGUUGCAGCAGUUCAUUAGUCCUCACACUGGAUUGGUGUAUGAUCCCACUCGAACCGGUGUGUGUAUGAAACAGCAGAAGAAGCUGCAUGAGGCAAUCAACACAGCAAGAGAUCACGGCUUUCUUCCCUUUCAGAUUCCAUAUGUGGAAUUUUCAGGAGAGGACUACUCCAAUUCCCAUGAUGCUGUGGGGUCAACACCACCUGCCCAGUCGUUGACCUCUGGUGAAAGCUGGUAUAAGUGGUACAGUGAAAUAACACCUGAUGAGAAUGAAGUGGCUAAAGUGAAGAAGACAUACAAGGCUUACUUAAAGUGAUGAAGACUCCAGAACCCGUCCAGUUGAUCAUGUUAUAAUGACUAACUAAGUUACUUUGGUUUGCUGACCAUGUAAAUGUCCUACUGGUAUGCAAAUAAAAAUGGCACAAUAAAACCCCAAUGAAAAUGGAUUUAUUUUAUUGUUUGGCUUUAGGAGAUCAUAACCAGAUAUUUAGUAGACCUCCCUCUAUUUCUAGAAAUGAACAGUAGGAACUCCAGGAAGAGGCUUUUAUUAUCAGCGUUGCUCUGAGACUCAUGCGACUGGUCCCAGCUGGUGUGUACGCAGCUUACAGAGUGUUCAUGGGUUGACCUUGUUGACCAUGGUCUCUCCCAGAGACUCCAACACCUCCCGCUUGUAAUCGUCAAAGUCUCCAUCGAUCUGGUUGACCGAACUAUCUUCCACUACCCACAUCUGGCAAUGAGUCUCCGUGAUGAGCCGGGCGUCGUGACUCACGAUGAUCACAGCUGGACAACAAGAGACAGAUUGUUAGCUUUAGGAGAAAGAACAUGGACAGGCAAAAUAAAGCAUUUUUGAUUUACCUAAAGUUUGGCUUACUAUUGCAAAACCUUGUCAUUCAUCUGACUUAAGGGGAGUACUACUUUUCAUCGUUUUUUUCUGUUUAAGCUUCCAUAAGUAACAUCUGAUCAGUAACAGGACAUGUCAGCAGAGACAUGUAGAAAGAGUGUGUCCAUUACUGAGUUAGUCCACCCGAGCACACUGACUGAAUGAUAGACAGUUGAUGUUUUGUGUCUCCCACCCUUGAGGCCACUUUUCUUUCAAAAACUAAAUGAAGAAACCCCUAGUCAGUGUUACACAGGAGCACCUUGGUUGCAUGUCAAACCAUUAAUUUGUGUUUCCUCCUACUUUCGAGGCAGCCAUUAGUUCCCAUACAUUUCACUACUAUAUGAUAAUCCACUUGUACAUCAGCCAAUCUAGGGAAUGUUAUGAUCAUUAGAGUCCACCUUGCUGGUGGACACCUCAUGUGUCUCCUCUUACCUCCUUUAUAUUCAUUGAUGGCCUCUGAUAAGGCAUCAAUUGACUCAAUGUCCAAAUUGUUGGUGGGUUCAUCCUAGGAGAAAAGAAGCAGCUGGUCAGUUGGUCAGUCAGGUAGAACAUCAGCAGUGUGUAUAGAAGGAUCAGUGAACCUCACCAGGAUCAGCACGUCAGGCUGACGACAGGACAGUUCAGCAAACACUACUCUGGCUUUCUGCCCACCUGUUUGGAGAGAAUUCCAGAAAACUAUGUUAGAAAAUGUCUCCUUCCUGUCAGCCGACAGAAAAUGUCAUGUCGUGACGCUUCAUAUAAGUACCGGACAGUUUAGAGAUCUGAAUGGUGUGGGCGUGGCUCUCCAGGCCAAAGCGUCCCAGGCACUUCCUGCCAUCCUGGUAGGGAAGGUUGAAGUUCCUCAUUAGGUACUCUGUGGCGGUCUCCUCCAUGUUCAGCUGAUCAGCAUACUGCUGGUUAAAGAAGCCCACUUUCUGCAAGCAGACAAUAGACCAGAGUUACAACUCUG